AUGUCGAGCGACGGCGACGACGGCGACGACGGCCGAGGGCGCGACGACGGCGACGACGGCGACGACGCGCGGCGCGCGGGCGCGUCGCGCGCGCGCGCGGACGCGAGAGGGACGAAUAAUCAUCGCAAUCACGACGAUGGCGUUCGAAAUCAACGACGACGACGGUCGAGCGACGACGCGCGCGACGGCGCAGACGACGAGACGACGAACGCGCGAGCGACCGACGGUGACGACGAACGAACGGACGCGCGACUGUUCCCGCCGACGCGCGCGGACGAGGAGGGGACGAAGACGCGGACGCGCGGGGACGAGGCGACGCGCGGGACGAACGAGGCGAAGGAAAACGACGACGAGGGGCGAAGGAAAGCGAACGAGCGCGGGAAAACGCGCGGGAGGGAAGGCGAUGGCGGCGUGGGAGCGACGGGGGGGUCGAUCGUGGACGCGGCGAGGGAGAGCGCGACGGCGGGGUUGGCGGUGUGCGGAAACGUGUACGUGCGGAGCGUGGAGAAUAAGCUGCCGCCGGGAGUGCGAUCGGUGGUGAAGGGCGCGAGGUGCGAGGUGCGGACGUUCGCGGAUGUAUUCUUUGCGACGAUGUUCGCGUCGUGCGCGCUGACGGUGCGCGUGGUGGGGGCGGGGGCGGGGGCGGCGCGACGCGCGGGCGAACGGACGAUGUCGACGGCGGGGGAGGCGAGCGCGAGAAUCGCGCGCGAGGUCAAGAUGAAGACGAUGACGAUCGCCAAGGGCGGGAACGACCGCAAAGAAGCGCGUGGGGAGGCGUCGAAGGCGUCUGAACCGUCGUCGGUGGCCUCGUUGGCGAAGGAGAAGACGAAAGAGGCGUUGCGAGGGCUCGACGACGCCAAGCUGGCCGCGCUGGCGAGCGUGAAAUCUUUCUUCGAUGACCGAAAUAAACCAGGCGGGGACGGGACGAAGUCGAAAAAGAGUGGCGAAGCGUCCGGGUCGAAGUCGAAAAACGCGAAGAAGAAGUCGGUCGAUGUGACGAAGACCAAUGGCGACGCGAAGCCGCGGCGGAAGAAGUCGGUCGCGACGGAGGAUGGGAAACUGAAAAGGCGCGUCGAUCCUUUGCGAAGCCUCGUGAGCGAAGAAACGUCUAAAAAGGUUAAAGAAAAGUUAAAAGGGUUUGAGGAUGCCGUUGGAAGUUGGCCAAUGGUGCAAGCGGUGAAGCCACGCGUGGAUGGCUUCGUUGAAGCGUUCGCGGAGCGUCAACGCGUCGUCGUCGCCAAGCUGCACUCGUCCACCGAAGGCGGCGUCGACACCAUACGCGGUGCGCGUGCGAGCUUGGUCCAUCACGCUAAGGGCUUAAAAACACGCGUCGAGGAUGGUGUCACCGGCGCGCGCGGUAUUUUGGCUGGUGGAAUCGCGAGCACGAGUAGACUCGUAUCUCCGCUCCUCCGUCACGACAGGAGCGCGACGCAAAAAAGUCGACUGAAGACGUUUUUAAACCCUGGUUCGAGCGGACGUGCGAUUAUGAGAGAUGACGAGUACAGCGCUGCACAGAUUGAGCGGCACCACGAGCUGAGUAAACAAGUGGAGCGCGCGGCGAAGCUUUCUCGCGAGGCGGAUGGCGAGUUGCUCGCCAAGCCGCUGCGCGUCGUCGUGCAGCCGGAGGACAAUCUGUUCGACAUCGCCAGCAUCGCUGGCAUCAGCGUCAUGGAUCUCGCGCGCUACAACAACUUGCGUCCGCAUCCAGAGAGCCACUUCCUCAAGAUUGACCCCGGCCAGGUCCUGUACGUCCCUUCGCGGUCUUUGCUCGACCGCCUUCCCGCGAUCGAUCGCGCUAGAGAGCCCAAAUACGAGCUCUCCGUCCGCGUCACCGACGUCCCGCGCGCGGCACCACCACCGACCGCUUCGUCUCGCCUCGUGCAUCCAUCGCGUCACUCCAGGCACAAAUCCGUGCGCGAAUCCGACGACGCGUUGGAGUCAUCCAACUUUGCCGCGUCUCUGGGCGUCUCGCUCGCCCUGUGCGCCGCCGCGCUCGCCCUGCGCAGCGUUCGCGAAGCCAUGAAUUCCGACGACGAAGACGUCAACGACGCCUAA